AUGGCAGCUAGAUCGAAUAGUUUACACAGAAGAAGACUCCCCACUGGUCGUAAAAUAAGGAAACCUAAGAAUCAUACUAAUAAGAAUAAUGUUAUAAAACAGUCAGACAGGAAGAAGAAUAAGAUAAAAGUGGCCAUGUUUAAUAAAGAAAGUUCGCUUCAUAUGAAUGUAUCAGAAUUGAAUUCUCAAUCGAUGUCACCAAUAAAGCAGAAACAAGAUUCUCUUCGAAAGGGUUCAUCGUUAAGUGCACAUGACUUGUUAAAUGAUCAAAAGAAAGAUAUAGAGGCUAAUAAUAGAAUACAAACAGAAAAGAAACAGGUAAAUGAUGAUAUGUUAAGACAAAUUGAAAUGAUAUCUGGGUUCAAGUUUUGA